ACCAUCACCGUGAAUGCCGGAACAACACAAGCCCGUAUUUGGGGACGGACCAAGUGCAAUUUCAAUGGGGCCGGGCGAGGGAAGUGGGAGACAGGUGAUUGCAAUGGGCUCUUGCAAUGCCAAGCCUUCGGGAAACCCCCAAACACACUGGCUGAAUAUGCCUUGAACCAAUUCAACAACCUGGAUUUCUUCGACAUAUCUCUUGUUGAUGGGUUUAAUGUUCCUAUGGACUUCAGUCCAGUAUCAGGCAACUGCCGCGGAAUUAGGUGCGCAGCUGAUAUCAAUGGACAGUGCCCAGAUCCGCUCACCAGCGGAGGCUGCAACAAUCCUUGCACUGUCUUCAAGACAGAUGAAUACUGUUGCAAUUCUGGCAGCUGUGGCCCAACAGAUUACUCUAGGUUUUUCAAGCAGAGGUGCCCUGACGCUUAUAGUUAUCCUAAAGAUGACCAAACAAGCACCUUCACCUGUCCCGGUGGAACUAAUUACAGGGUUGUAUUCUGCCCUUGAAGCUGUUUUAAGCCAGGAAUUUAAUGGUGUAAAAUGAGAAUAAGGACCUUUGGUCGAUUCACUUCUGACGGUGUGAAUUGCUGCCAAGGUCACAUGCUUUAUUAUAAUAAAAUUUACUACAACAUUAAAAAUGAUAAGACCCUUUAUUUGCUCUAGCUGUUAAAUACCCAAACAAAGCGCGUUUCAUCCUUUCGUGAGCAUAUGCAGCCCAGAAGCACUUUCUUCAUUUUUAACCAUAGGAAACUACAAAAUACAACUAUGCUGCAAGCAAUUACCUAAAAUAAAACGAUUUAAGUAGUGCUCAUGUUUGUUAGCUUCUUCCAACAGGGUAAUCCAUUUCCUUUUAUAUUAA